GCUGUGGGAAUGAUGGACUUCCCCAAUGGCCAAUUAAGCCUCGCCCCUAUUGCUGCCACUAUCUCUGAGAGGAGCAGCAGCUCAGAGUCUCUUAGUGACAAGGGCUCCUCCGAGCUGAAGAAGAGCUUUGAUGCGGUUGUCUUCGACGUGCUGAAGGUCACACCAGAAGAAUAUGCUGGCCAGAUUACGCUUAUGGAUGCUCCAGUGUUCAAAGCCAUCCAGCCAGAGGAGCUGUCAAGUUGCGGUUGGAACAAGAAGGAAAAACACAGCUCGGCUCCCAAUGUUGUUGCUUUUACUCGGCGGUUCAACCAGACAAGUUUCUGGGUGGUUCGGGAGAUCCUCCAUGCGCAAACGCUGAAGAUCAGAGCCGAGGUGCUGAGUCUAUACAUACGCACCGCCAAGAAAUUGUGCGAAAUAAACAACCUCCACGCCGUCAUGGCAGUGGUGUCGGGUUUGCAGAGCGCUCCCAUCUUCCGGCUCACCAAAACAUGGGCGUUACUGAGCCGCAAGGACAAGGCCACAUUUGACCGUCUUGACUUCUUGAUGUCAAAAGAGGACAAUUACAAGCGGCUACGGGACUACAUUAGCAGCCAGAGCAUGGUGUCAUGUAUACCAUACCUAGGGAUGUACCUCUCUGAUCUGACCUACGUGGACUCAGCCUACCCAUCCACGGGCAGCAUCCUGGAGAAUGAGCAGCGGUCCAACCUGAUGAAUAACAUUCUCAGAAUUAUAUCAGAUCUGCAGAGAUCUUGUACAUACGAUAUUCCUCUUUUACAUCACGUACAAAAGUAUCUCAACUCUGUCAGAUACAUCGAGGAGCUGCAGAAGUUUGUGGAGGAUGACAAUUACAAGUUGUCACAAAGGAUCGAGCCUGGAACCAGCACGCCGCGAGCUAAUGCCUCCAAGGAGGAUCUUGCGGGCCAGGAGGCGUCUGCAUCUCCUUUAUGCGGCCGUAAAUGUUCGAUGGCGGCCGACGGCGCUAAAGUCCCAGCCACACCGCCCUCUCCAAGGAACCUGCUGCCAUACGGACACCGCAAGUGUCACAGUCUGGGCUACAAUUUCAUCCACAAGAUGAAUACGGUGGAGUUCAAGAGCGCCACCUUCCCCAAUGCCGGUUCUCGCCACCUGCUUGACGACAGUGUAAUGGAGAGCAACAGUCCCACUCGGGGCCAAGCCGAGAGCUCCACAUUGUCUAGCGGCAUUUCACUGGGAAGCAGCGACGGCUCAGAACUCAGCGAGGAAGUAACGUGGCCAGCUUUCGAGAGGACUCGGUUCUAUCACUCUCUGGGCCCAGUGACCCGCGUGGCCCGCAUCCCCUACCGAGGAGUCCUGAGGCCCAGCAGCUCUGCCGAGUCUGAGGAAUUGGCGGUUCAUUUGUAUCCCGGAGCGGUGACGGUGCAGGGGGUGCUGAGGCGGAAAACUGUACUCAAGGAAGGCAAGAAACCAACGGUGGCGUCCUGGACCAAAUACUGGGUGGCUCUUUGCAGUACCCAACUUUACUUCUAUCCUGUCAAGUCCUUGAAGGCUACAGAGAGAAAACAUUUCAAGUCAAAGUCCAGUAAGAGCGUGUGCGUGGUGGGUCUGAUGGCGAUGAUGGCGGACGAUCCAGAGCAUCCGGAUGUCUUCAUGUUGACCGACUCGGAGCACGGUAACACCUACAAGUACCAAGCAGGCAACAGGAUGAACGCCUUGCUGUGGUUUAAACAUCUGAGUGCUGCGUGUCAGAGCAACAGACAACAGGUGCCAGCUAAUCUGAUGUCAUUUGAGUGA